GACUUGCUGCCUUUGCAACCAUGGACACCCUACUCACCGCUGAGAUAUACGCAAACUCGCCCCGCUUCCGGCGGCGGUCGAGCACCUUUGUCGACGCAAUCCACGACCUGCCUGCCCGGGAAGAAAUGGCUCCUGCCCAACUCUAUAGUACAGAAUCCGGCCGCCUCUUCCAUUCAGGCCGCAUAGUCAUCGCCACAUGCGGACUGCCAGCUCGCGGAAAGACGCACACCUCCGUUGCUCUGGCGCGCUACCUGCGCUGGCUGGGGGUCAAGACUCACGUGUUUCAUCUUGGCGACUACCGCCGCGCUACGCUAGGCCCAGGCAUGGACGUCCCCGAGGACUACUUCUUCCUCAACGCAACACCCCAGUCUGUCUUGCUUCGAAACAAGAUACUGAAGAAAUGCCGCGAGGACAUCUACCACUUUCUCGAGCACGACAAGGGCCAGGUCGCCAUUUACGACGCCGUCAACGCCAUGAGCCAGGGCCGUCGGUCCUUGGCCAAGGAGUUUGCGAAGAACGGCAUCCAGACCGUCUUUAUCGAAUCACACUGCACUGACGAGCGUAUCAUCCAGGAAAACGUGCGUCGCGUCAAGAUUUCUUCCCCAGACUACAAGGGCUGGAAGGACGAGGACGCUGUCCAAGACUACCUAGCACGCAUCAAUGCACGGAUACCCCAUUUCGAGACCAUGGAGGAGACUGACCUGCAUUGGAUCAAGAUGAUUAAUGCCGGCGAGCGAGUUGUCGUCAAUAACUGCGCGUUUGGAUACCUCUCGCAACGCAUCGUCUUCUAUCUGCUCAACCUACACAUCAAGUCGCGGCAAACGUAUUUUGCUCGUGCCGGAACGACUAGAGAGGAAGACUCAUACAAGGCCGAUGCAAGCCUCUCACCAGAAGGCCACGACUAUGCCAAGAAGAUGAGCGAGGUGCUACUACAGUACCGCGAGGAAGAGAAGCAGAAGCUAAUCGAAUCGGGGGCGACGGAUGCCUCUCUCAAACCACUGACUAUCUGGACCUCGACUCGUCGAAGGACUGUUCAGACAUCAGAAGUUCUAGCUUCCAUGGGCUACCGCGUAAGGCAACGCUCGCAGAUGAGCCAGAUGAACCCUGGUGUCUGUGAGAAGAUGUCCGAAGCCAAGAUUCGCGAGGAGUUCCCCGAGGAAGUCAAGAAGCACGAGGCAGACCCAUACCACCAUCGCUACCCACGCGCAGAAUCCUACCACGACCUUGCAGUGCGCAUGGAACCCAUCAUUCUCGAGCUUGAGCGCGAGGAAAACGAUCUUCUCAUCAUUGCUCACGAAUCAGUGCUUCGUGUGCUUUACGGAUACCUCAUGGCUUGUAAUGCGGCCGACAUCCCCAAGCUCCAAUUCCCCCGCGAUGAAAUCAUCGAGAUCAUACCCUCAUCCUACAACAACGUCGCCAAGCGCAUCAAGAUUCCCAACCUCCCUGAAUCAAUGGUGCCCGGCAGCCCUGAAGACAUCAAAAUUCCUGUUCCACCCAGUGGUACAGUAAGUCCAUUGUCAGGACUAGGAACCCCUCAGAUGAGCGGCUCUGGCACUGCAACACCCACGCAGUCGCAACAGCAGCGCGGCCUUCAGCCUCUGAAUCUCAAGUCCCAUAUUAAUCCGUCUUCGUGAUUCCAGGUCCGGUACCGCUAUCGCUAUGGAGCAACGUUUGACAACGAGAGGGCGAGCCAGGAAACGGACUUUGAUCCCAUUUGAAUGGGUGAUGGGUGGGCGGGUACUUAAGCAGGCCUUUGUAUGUGUGGAAAACGAAAUUAUUUUUGGGUAUGAGGGGAUGAGCUGGUAACUUGGUUGGGAUGGCGUUGGCAAAGGGGGGUGGGGAAACUCGUAUGUUAAUGUGGCAGACCUCAUUAGACUUAUACACGC